AGAAAAAAAACAGAGAGGAGACGCGGCCUAUCAGAUCGUUUCUUUUCGUUCAGGAUUCCCCCUUCCGUCGGCUGCAUUCCUACGCGCGUGUUCUGUCUGUUUCUCUCGGCCCCCUCUCGCUCUCCGACGACUGGUGGGCCGCUGCCGGCGCCGCCGCCUUAACCCAGGUGUUGAGGCUUUCGUUGGUCUCCUCGCCGUCGACGAGCACCCACCAGAACUUUUCAUGUAACAAUCAGUGAUGCAUUUUGGUUGUGUUGCCAGUAAACAUGAUGUUUGGUGUUAAUACUGGUUUAUGCGCUUCAAAGUCCUAUUAAGUUGCUGUUCAAUUGAUCGACACUCUUAAGUGUAGGAUGAAUUCUAAACGUAGGAGGAGUCAUAGCCCAGUUGAAUACAAGGAAGGCCGUGACAAAGAUUAUGGGACUUCUGGAAAGAAGGAUAAGUCAAGAGAUCUAGAUGACACAUGUGAUGCUAGAAGAGGUCAUGAAACCGAUAGGCACUCUGAUAAGCAUUCCUUUGGAACAUCACGUGAAUCCAAGAAGCAUGAUGACUAUCGGAGGUACCAUGAUAAGUAUGGUGAUGAUUAUGGUAGGAGCCAUCCAAGAGCCUCUCGGUCAGACCGGGAAUCAAGGGCUGAUACUUAUUAUGAUCGCUCAAAGCAUGAUAACACAUCUGGUAGAUCACGUGGUGAUCAGCGAGAUGUUGGCAGUAGGUACGGAGAAAAAUCUGUUAAUCGAGAUCAGAGGAGUAUAAAUGAAGGAAAGCAGGAGUCCCCUCGUGGCUAUCAAAAGAAUGAUGGCGGAGAAUACAAUAAACAUAUGGAUGCAAGAAAGCAAGAGUACAAAGGUUAUGGAGAUGAUAGAGAUCAUUACAGGGUUGUUCGUAAGAACAAGGAAACCAUCAAAGAGGAGGAGGACUCGAAGAGGAGAAAUGGAAAGGAAAUUGAGAAAGAAGCUUUGGUGGAAACUAGGGAUAAGAAAAGAAGUUUAUUCAGCUCUACUGGGCCAAAUGUGGAUAAUCCAGGCGAUGUCAAACUAUCCUCAGCCACAAAUGAAGCCUUGGAUAACGCUGCAGAAACCGUAGACGGUGUGAAUGCAGCUAAAGUUGCAGCUAUGAAAGCUGCUGAAUUAGUGAAUAGGAACAUUGCAGCAUUUGGUGCUGGAACUGGGCGCCUAUCAACUGAUCAGAAGAAAAAGCUUCUUUGGGGUAACAAAACGAGUAAUCCCUCUGAGGAGACAAGUAAACGUUGGGACUUAUUUUCUGACCGUGAGCGCCAAGAGAAAUUUAACAAACUCAUGUUUUAGAGUCUGAGGAUGCCUUGGUGGCUAUGGUAUGUCGCAGGGUGUGAAGAGCAGUGCCCCAGUUCAGGAAAACACGGUCGAGAACAAGGUCGGGAGCUCGGCGGAAGAAGCCAAGAAACUGGAGGAGCUCGACACCAACCUGGAGAAACAUUACAUAGCAGGCCUCCGCAGGAGAGAUGGCAGGACAGUCGGCCUUGGCCUGUAGAAACUCUGCUUGCAGUUGCAGAUGCUGCGGCAUUGAAAAAUGCAGAGAGCUUGCUCUGUACAAUCUACAGUGCCUUGUUUAUUCUUGCACUUACAAAAUUUCCUGUACGGCUUACGUUGACUGUUUCCGGGUUAUCUUGAAGCUCUAGAACAUGUGUCCCUGAUUGACACUCCUGUACUGCGUUUGCAUAACCCCGUCAUUCUUGAGUAGUAAUUCACCGGUUAUUGUUUUCUCUUUGCA